AUGGACAGCCUCGAACACGAACUCGAGCACCCAAAGAAGCGUCGGCGGCGUGAAAUUGAACGGAAACCGCUCGCCGCUCGACUGGCAUUUGACGACACAGUCAAGACCGAUGCUGCAUUGAUAUCUCAGGGCCUCUGGUCGAAACUGACGGGUGACCCCAAUGAUGCACGUUGUCGGACAUCCAACCUGUUCAUAGCCCUCACGCCUUCGUCCCCUCUCCAUACUGAGCUGCAGGAUUCCACAUGGACUAUUCUCCCUGUACAAAUCCACGAGCCCCAGUCUCCUGCAGACGGCCUGUCACAGUCCGAUGCUAUAAAGCUUUCGCCAAAUUCCUCUGCUUGUCAAUCAAUCCUCAAGACUUACGCGGCCAUCGAUCGAGAUCGUCAUCCCGGCCAUGUUCCCAAGUCAAUCGAGAUUCGGGCGAUCGCCACGAAACCUCUGACCCUAGAAACCAUCUAUGUUUCCGUCGAGAAGGGUAUGCUUGAAAAGAUCGAUGAUAUACAGGCCAAGUUCGGUGGUGGCUUUCAGUAUGGCAGACAUUUGAAGGUUGAGAGAAAACCCUCUACACCCAACGGCGUAUUGCAGAAUGUGCCUCCUAUUACCGGUCGACUGGCCUCGCUUGUCCGAGAGGCGCUUUCUCAAUUACCCGUGGUUCACUCAGGGGAUGUCUUUCCUUUACCACUCCCAGCACACCCAAUCACCCACGUUCGACCGCCUCCUGCCAUCGUCGUGGAGUGCGAGCCAGUGUCGCAAGGAAAGGUCUCGGCAAAGACUAAGAUUGUUCUGAUACAGACAGGAUCGUCACAAGAGAAAGCCCUUUCGAAAUUGGCGCCUGUCCAACCAAUAAUUGAAGAGUCUCUCGAAGACACUGCAGAGGACACGUCGAAUGACCAGUUCUAUUCAGCAGCCGAGGAUAGGCAGACGGAGACUGGCUCAGAUGACGAUGACAUGUCGGACGAGUCAGGCACCGAUUCGCCUCAUGAAGAAAGUGAUGAGGAUUCGGACUCCAUGGAUGAUAUGAUUUCCCUCAGCGCACCUGGGCUACCGCCCCAGCAGGCCGGGACGCUGUCAGCCAUGACUGCGGCAACUCCAAGGCCUGGCGGGAAAAGGGCCACAGGAACGCACACCCCGGGCUCGCUCUAUUCAAGCUUCACAUCUGUAACGGCAAGGGGUGGCAGUCGCCCUGGGAAAGUGUUCAGAACUGAAGCCCUCCUCCGCAAGGUCCCAAUUGAGUUGAUGCAUCCUCAGCCCAGUCUAGAGGAUGAUGAGGAGUCAUUCGUCUUCAUUGACACUAGCACGCUUGCCAAGAUUGGAUGUUUUUCUGGCGACUGGGUUCGAAUAGAGGUCGCCAGAAAUGUGAGCUCUCAAGGAUUCCCGCAUUCAGCUCUGAGAAGCCUCGGCGGAUUUGCAGAAGAAGAAUCUGACUGGAGAACGGUCAAGGUGUUUGGCCUUUCGGGCCUGGCAAACCUGCAGCCACGUUACGCUGUUGACAAGACUGGUAACCGAAGGUCGAGUUUCUCGCAGAGAGACUUACUGUUACCAUUUUCACCGGUCGUCUAUCUCUCCCCCAUCCUUUUGGCCAAUCUAUCAAAUGCCCAAUACGUCAAACUUGGGGCUUUGCCCACCACUCCUCGGCAUGAUCUCAAAUCCAACCAUCCACCACGGUCCAGUACGUUCAAGUCCCCGCCAAUAGCAAAGGAGGUUGUCCUUUCGAAGCUCGCAGAUCCAACGACGACCAACCCUGCCUUCCAGCCAACUUUAUUCUCAUCCCUCCAGUAUCACCUUCAGAGCAAAAAGCGCAUCUUGAAGAAAGGUGAUCUCAUUGCGGUGCCGGUAGACCAGGAACUGGGAAAAGCCCUCACCUCUCAAGGAGGCCCAGAUGAAGCACCGAGUGAAGACGAAACCAUAAAGCGACUCAAUUCGCCUGAGACCGUGGGUAAUUCGCGAUUUGCCAUUGCAUGGUUUUCGGUGCAACAAAUUCACACUGAGCAGCCGGGCAAUCAAAGUGAGGAGGACCAAAGCACUUGGGGCGGCGUUGUGACACUCGACAGUCUACAAACUAGAGCCUCGCAAAGUGGCACAACCAUCCAGUCGGUCUCACACUCGAUAGAAACCUGGAGUCGUUAUUGGUUUGGCAUCAAUAAACUUCCGCAGCAGAACAUACACCGGAUGGAUCAUGUCCCUACAGCAACAGAUAUACCGCCCCUUGACAAACUUCCGUUAGAGCGACGUCUGUCGGGGUUGAUUUCCGCUGCGGUGAGCAACCGUGCUGUCAGUCUAGGGCUUCCGCCCCUCGUCAUAUUGCUAUACUCCACUCAACGACAGAUCGGCAAAUCGUACAUCGCGAGAUCCGCCUGCUCAGCCAUCGGUGUGCACGUCUUUCCCAUAUCUGCUCACGAUCUCCUCUCGGAGAAUGCGUCAACCACAGGAGGUGGUGAUACAAAGACAGAAGCAUUAUUACGCACCAGAGCUGAACGGGCGCUCUCGGGAGGCGCUCAACAAACAGCCUUGCUCAUCCAGCACAUCGAUGCUUUGACUGCUGAUAGAAUGGUGCCUGUGUUACAGGAGAUUAUUUCCGAGUCUCGUGUUCUGAUUGCUACAACCUCCAAAAUUGACGACAUACCUGCAGGGAUCCGCAGCCUAUUCUCUCACGAGCUGGAGGUAACAGCGCCAGAUGAAAAUGCCAGAGAACUCAUCCUUCGCAACGCAUGCGUUUCUAUCUCGACACCACUGUCGACCACUGUGAAUCUGAAAUCAAUAGCUCUUCAGACCGCUGCGCUGGUGGCUGGUGAUCUUCUCGACGUGGUGAAUCGAGCUUCACUUGCACGGUCAACUCGCCUGUUGUCUCUUGCAGAGUCUCAGAGUUGUAAUGUCUCCGAUAUCUUCAUCUCUGGAGGCCAGACAGCCACGCACCUACUCCCUAGCGACUUCACUCGCGCAAUCGCCGCCGCACGAUCCAGCUUCUCGGAUGCCAUCGGUGCUCCCAAGAUUCCGACCGUCACGUGGCAAGAUGUCGGUGGUCUCUCGUCGCAAAAAGACGCCAUCAUGGAAACCAUUUCUUUGCCCCUCACUCAUCCCGAACUUUUCGCCAAUGGCAUCCGAAAGCGAUCGGGCAUCUUGUUUUACGGGCCUCCAGGAACCGGAAAGACCUUGCUGGCAAAGGCAAUUGCUACGGAGUUUAGUCUCAACUUCUUCAGCGUCAAAGGCCCAGAGUUGCUCAAUAUGUAUAUUGGUGAAUCUGAAGCCAAUGUACGCCGGGUUUUCCAACGUGCUAGAGACGCUCGCCCUUGUGUUGUCUUCUUCGAUGAGUUGGACUCGGUUGCACCAAAACGUGGAAACCAGGGCGACAGUGGCGGUGUUAUGGAUCGGAUCGUGUCCCAACUCCUCGCCGAGCUCGAUGGAAUGUCAAGCGGAGGUGGAGGGGGUGAUGACGGGGACUCCAAAUCGACGUCAAACGGCGGCGGUGUUUUCGUUAUCGGUGCAACGAACAGACCAGACCUCCUCGACCCAGCGCUUCUCCGACCCGGUCGGUUCGACAAGAUGCUCUAUCUAGGUGUCGCCGACACGCACGAUCAGCAAGUUACGAUUCUGAAAGCGUUGACAAGAAACUUCACAUUGGCCCCGGAUGUCGAUUUGAUGGGCGUUGCACGUCGGCUCCCUUUUACCUACACUGGUGCCGAUCUGUACGCUUUGUGCAGUGACGCCAUGCUCAAGGCGAUCACACGGAAAACGCGAUCUGUGGAUGAGAAGGUGCAACAGAUUAGCAAGGUGCGUGGUGAGGAUAUCAGCACUGGUUAUUUCUUCGAUCAUUUAGCCACCGAGGAGGACGUGCAAGUUGUGGUGGGUGAAGAAGAUUUCAUGGCGGCCCAGAACGAGUUGGUCGGUAGUGUGAGCAAGAAAGAGCUGGAACAUUUUGAGAGGAUUCGCAAGCUGUUCGAGGAGCAAGAUAUCACCGUUCCGCCCUCCACGAAUGGCGAAAGCGGCCGCCCCCCUGCGACUUUACCUUUGCGUCCCACGCCAGCGCCACUGCCGGCGUCCCAGGCAGGAUCGCUUCCGCACGCGAAGGACCAAAAUCGAGAUUCUCUGCCGCAAGUUAAGGAUAAAGGCAAGGGUAAACAGAAGGAAAACAACACGCCGAACUCAAAUCACACCCUGUCCUCGGCUUCUCCGACCCAUAUCUCAACCUACAACAAAACAGCCGUAGCACGGAUUGGCAAUCCCGACUCUGGCAACUCUUCAGACGCAGAUAACUCGGACUUUGGAUUCAGCAUGAGAUCGAACCAUAUGAACGGAAGCGCGAUCAACGGCACAGGAACAUCCGUGGAGGGCAAGGGCAAGGGGAAACUAAGGGAGUUGGUUCCGGAAGCAUUGGCCGAUGGAUUUGUGGAUGAUGUCGAGGGGGAUGAUGAAGGUCUGUACGACGAUUGA